UUUCAUUUCAGUCUUAAACUAACUCACAAUAUUUCACAUUUCAUUUCAUUACUAUAAAGUAAACAUUGAAAACCUCUAUUCAUUAUUUCUCUCCACUCAACAAUUAAUACACACAUUCAAACCUCUCUUCAUUUUCUCUCUACUCAACGAAACAGCCAUUAAUUAUGCCACCAAAAGUGGGAAGACCAAGGAAUCAGAAAAGGAAGAACUUGGAUGAAGAACAUUCCACGUCUUGGAAGUGCCCUGUCUAUGUCAAAAGGGAUUCAAUUCUGAAUUCCAAGAUGAUUAUCGAUCGCCGCCAGUCCUUGAGAUCCUCCAAAAGGCUUAGUGAAACUGGAAAAACAUCCCUGCCAAUAUCCUCAAGAGAACAGUCUUCUGCUUCUGAUGGCAACCAACAACCUGAUGAUCGAUCCAACACUAUCAAUUCUGCAUAUCAAGUUCAAGGAGCAGGUUUUGAUCAAGUACAAUCCUGUUCAAGAUACCUAGUAGCAGUUUCUCAUCCUCUCACACUGGAACCAGAUUUGGGACAUGAUGCUGAAAAUGUGGAAAAUUCAAUGGUAGCUAUACCAGUGAAGGUGGAGGAACUAGGUGAGGCUGAAAUGUCAUUGUCCAAUGGUUCAAAUCAAAUGGCUGAACAAAAUAAUUUUGAAACAGAAAGUGACCCUCUUGAGCAGGAGGCAUUGGCAGGGGAAAUUCAAGCCUCGAAAAAGUUUGAUGAAAUAAGUAAUAAGAAUACUAGGAAGUGUAUUUCAAGGGCUGGAUGUUCAUCCCCGUCCUUUAGCCUCAAACUAACUGCAAUGGCGGAAGAGGAAGAUGAUGAUGAGCUUGAUUCCGAAAUACAAAGCCGGCCUAAGGACAAUAUUAAAGAAUAUCAAAUAAAGUCGGAACAUAUGCCGGUAUUAAGAAAAAUCAUCGGCAAGCAUGGAGAUAUUGUGAAGAACUGCACGACAAAGUUUGUGAAGUUCCGUUCAUUGUUCUUGGAGGCAAUUUGUGAAAUCAUAGCAGAGUUGGACAAAAAGAAUGCUAGUAUUGCUAACAUCUCAAGCAAAAACCUGGAAAAGAAGAUUGACGUCGUGAGUUAUAUAAAAAACCAGAACGUGGAUGUUGAAUGGCUUCACAGCAGGCUAACUGAGAUACUUGAGGCAAGGCGAAUUCUUAAGCAGACUUGCAAGCUGAUACAGGAAACAGACAGCGUUAGGAUGGUGACUGAAGCUGCUGAAAGAGAUUUGAACAAAUGGGAAGCAAGGAAGGAGGAACUGACAGAGAAGGUUAAAGAAAUAUUUCAUGAAUUGAAAGAAGCAACUGAUAAGGAAGCUGAUUGCAAAGAAAGAUUGGUUAGAGCGCACAAUGAGUCUACCAAGAUAUCUCAAAUAGUCAAAGAUGCCAAAUCUAAAGUCAGACGAUUUCUUGACUGCUCACUUAUUGAUGAUUUGCUUUAG